CCUGACCUCUGCUUCCUUUGGCACUACAGUGAUGGUGGAAGGCCCAGCAGUGCUGGUAUAUUUGUUGGUGGGUUUGUCUUGGGAGGGUUAAUAGUUGGCACUCUCGGUUGCGUGUAUGCACCUCAGAUCAGUAAGGCCAUAGCUGGCGCUGACAGGAAGGAGUUGAUGAGAAAAUUACCAAAGUUUAUAUAUGAUGAGGAAAAGGCUUUAGAGAAAACCAGGAAAGUUCUGGCUGAGAAGAUUGAACAACUGAAUGCUGCCAUAGAUGAUGUUUCUUCACAGCUACGUUCAGAGGAGGCCUCAAAUGGAGUAGCUGUUAAUUCUGAUGAAAUUGAAGCUGCCACAUGAGACUGCUGCCGAGUGCUGUGAUGUCAUAGUACAGAAUGUGCCAUUGCUCUUUUCAGUAAACAAUCUUUUAUUGGUGCAAAGUGUAUUUUGAUUUUAUUGUAAUAUCUUUCUAUUUCUUAAUAAUAAACUCUGAUUUUCUG